AUGCCUGAAUGGACGAUGGGUGUAUCACAGGGUCGUCAGAAAACCAUUACAAUAGUGGCGAUUGGAGUCAGUCUUAUGGCUUGCGUGUUUGCAUAUGUCUACUAUAUAAGUAAAAAAUCCUAUAAGAGUGAACGUACUGCUUAUCGCAAAGAAUUAUCAAUGGAAGCAAAGAUUGGAUCGGGUACUUUUGGGUACUGCGGAGAUUUUGAUGGACAUCAAGAAAGAGGUACCGAAGCCGCCAGCACCGAUAAAGGUGGAGGUGAAAUUUUUGAUGGAGUCGUUGGUAAACCAGUUCAAUUGAAAAGUGAGUGA